AUGUACUAUGAAACGGAUUGUCCAAAAUCUUUCCCAACGCAAGGAAGAGCUAAUCGUCACAUCAGAUCCCACAUCUGUGACGAACCCAACUCUUCGAAAUCCUACCAGUGCAACGUGACCCCUUGUACGAAGUCAUUCUACACGCGCAAUAAUCUGCGCGAACACGUCUACCGAGUCCACGAAAGCGCAAAACGAUUUAGUUGCGGAUUUGAAGAAUGCACGGUCACGUGCAAGACAAAAACCGCGCUAAAAGUGCAUCAAGUGACGCACACAGGAGAAAAGAAUUUCAAAUGCGGUCAUCCCAACUGCGACAAGGCGUACACGACGCAGGGUGCGUUGACCCAGCACCACGCCGCCGUCCACGUGGCGGCUCGUCUGUUCUGGGGUUACACGUGUUCGAAAGGAUUUUUUAGCAAGCGCUGCUUAACCCGACAUGUUAAAGGGGUCCACGAAACUAUUGAGGCCAGAUUCCUGUGUACUCUAUGCACCGUGAAAUUCAAGGCAAAGGACUCGUUAUACACUCACAUUGCUUCUCACAUUGGUGAAAAACCGUAUUCUUGUGGAACAUCCCACCAAUACAUGCACCGAGAAGAAAACACGUUUUCAUGCCAAUUUUGCACCAAAACGUACAGACGACCAAGCGAUCGACGUGCUCAUAUCCGAAUGGCUCAUUCCACGACCCCCCACGCCCCCUCGGAUUGUUCCACGUGCGGAAAAACCUUCCGUAACGGAACCUUCCUCCGAAAACACGUCCGCAUCAACCACGGCGAUCGCACCUUUUUGUGCUACUUUUGUCCCAAAGUGGUGAAAAAUUAUAAGGCCAACUUUGAAACGCACCUGCGUCGCCACACCCUCGAAAAACCGUUCGUUUGUAACGAGUGCAAGCAUUCGACCGAGUCGCCAUCAGCUCUUGUAUCGCAUGUGAAAUGGAUGCACGUCCCAGAGGUCGAGGAAGACAUGCAGACUUGCUACUUUUGUGGGGAGAAGGUUCGAAAGCUGGAGUACGAUUUGAUGUCCCACAUGCGCAAACACACGGCCGAGAGAGCUUUUUGUUGUGGGGUUUGUGGCAAAAUGUUUAAUUCCGUGGGAAAGGUGAAAGGUCAUAUUGACGAGGCGCACACGAGGGGACGGAGGGUUAAAUGA